AAUCCACGAAAAAAAUGUCACCCUGUCCCUCUCCUACAUUUAUUACUGUUGUUUCGCCCACCCCGAGCCAACAUUUUCCUCACCUUUGUUCCGAUCAUCCACAUUUGACCAAAGACCAAACCAGCUUGCCCGUUCAACGCAUCUUUUGGAAUAAUAGUAGUAUAUGUAGUAGAGAAGGCAUUCUCUACCUUUCCUACCUUUACCUCCUCCAACAUCAUAUAUGCUUCCAGAACUGUUCUCCUGCAAUCUCUUCGAACACCUGUAAGCAAAGAGACAAGAAGCGAAGGUUUGAGGGAAAUAUUAUGAUGAGGAGGAAGCAAGAGAGACUGGAGCAGGGAUUGCAGGUGAAGGUACCGAGCCCGUUCCGGUGCCCCAUAUCGCUGGACGUGAUGCGGUCACCCGUAAGCCUGUGUACCGGCGUAACUUACGACCGCGCCUCGAUCCAACGGUGGCUUGAAUCCGGAAACACCACGUGUCCGGCCACAAUGCUCCCUCUCCCCUCCACCGACCUCGUCCCCAAUCUCACCCUGCAACGCCUCAUCCACGUCUGGUCCUCCUCCGCUGCCUCCGCCGCCGCUUCCCCCACCCCUCUCGUUUCCCGCCGCAUCGCCGGAGGCAUCAUUCGCGAGCUCCGCUCCGCCUCUUCCUCCACCAGUGACGACGAUCUCGUGCCCCAGCUCCGCAAGCUCGCCGACUUCUUCUCCGCUGACAACGUCGACGAUACCGACAAGAACGACCUCGUCAAUGCGGGCGGCUGCGCCUCCGUUCUCGUGUCUCUUCUCCUCGGAAGAGAUUUCAAGUUGGAGAGCUUGGUGGAGGUGGCUAGGAUUCUCGCCUUCAUCCUGACCUCCGAUUUCGUCGAAGAGAGCAACAAGAAGAUCGCGGUCUCCCAUCUUUGCACCGAUCUCGAUCGAUCGGUUUCAGCUUUGAUUCGAGUUUUGAGGGAUGGCAACGGCUUGGAGUCGCGAAUUGACGCGGCGAUUGUUCUUGACGCGAUCAUCGCCGCGUCUGAUGCGGGAACGAAGGUCCUGAUCGCCGAGGAGGUACUUAUCAGAGAGCUGGUCCGGCUGAUCGAGCCAUCCGAUGAGAAGGGAGCUGCGAUGGAUCGCCGGGCAGUCGAGGCGGGCCUGGGAUGCCUGGCGAGGAUCUCGGCGGCGAAGCGGGCCCGCCCGCGGGUGGUCCGCGCGGGGGUGGUCCCAGCGCUGGCGCGGGUGCUGAUGGCAAACGCAGCGGUCGCGCCGGCUGCCACGGCGGAGAAGGCGCUGCGGGUGAUGGAGGCGGCCGCGGGGUGCGCGGAGGGCCGGGCGGCGAUCUGCGAGGACGGGGCGGCGGCGGCCACUGCGGUGGUGGCGAGGAUGGUGAAGGCCGGGAGGGAGGGAGCCGAGUCGGCGGUGGCGGUGCUGUGGAGCGUGUGCCAAGCGUUCCGGGACCGGCGGGCGGUGGAGGCGGUGGCCGCGGCGGAGGGAGGGGCGACGAAGAUGCUGCUGCUGAUGCAGAGCGGGUGCUCCCCGGCGGCGAGGCAGAUGGCGGCCGACCUGCUCAAGAUCUACCGCGUGAACUCCAAGAGCCGCCUCGCGGGGUACGAUACCAAGACGACCCACAUCACCCCCUUCUGAUCCCAACAAACCACAGACAAAAAUAGAAUAAAACAAAAAAGAAUUUGUAAAUUGACAGAAAAAUUUUUAUAGAUGAAAAGUGACACAAAAAUGAUGAAUCUAA